AUGGUUGAGUUUUUGAAUAGUGGUUGGGCAAUAAAAUUGUUGACACUGUUUGCCCUUGCUUGUUGCUUUAACGUUGUACGGUUGGCCGAGGCCAGAGUUCGAGUCUACAAAUGGGAGGUAAAAUACGAGUUUAAAUCCCCAGAUUGUUACAGAAAGCUGGCUAUAACUAUCAACGGCAAAACUCCCGGGCCCAGCAUUAUUGCACAGCAAGGUGACACCAUUGUUGUGGAGCUCAAGAACAGCUUGUUGACAGAAAAUGUGGCUAUCCACUGGCAUGGGAUUAGACAGUCAAUCCUGAUUCAGGGCAGGGGAAAAUUCAACUGCAGCACGCCCGGCAUCGAAACCGCGCGGUGCAACUCAAGCAACCCUGAGUGCGUACCUUACGCAUUAACAGUUGUACCUAACAAAACUUACCGUCUCCGGAUCGGCAGCCUUACGGCACUCUCAGCUCUGAGCUUCGAAAUCGAGGGCCACAACAUGACCGUAGUCGAAGCCGACGGCCACUACGUAAACCCUUUCGUGGUAAAAAACCUCUUCAUCUACUCUGGCGAGACCUACUCAGUCCUCGUCACAGCAGAUCAAAACCCGUCCCGCAAUUACUGGGCCACCGCCAAAAUCGUGAGCCGCAACAGCUCCACGCCAGCCGGGCUCGCGGUUCUCAACUACUACCCGAACCACCCCCGCCGGGCCCCGCCCACGAGCCCGCCCGUUGGCCCCGCCUGGAACGACGUGGGCCCCAGGCUGGCACAGAGCGUCGCCACGCGGGCGCACCCGGCGCACGUCCACGCGCCCCCACGGGCCGCGGACCGGACGAUCGUGAUGCUCAACACGCAGAACAGGGUGGACGGGCGAGUCCGGUGGUCGGUCAACAACGUGUCGUUCAAUCUCCCGCACACGCCUUAUUUAAUCGCGUACAGGCAGGGUUUGCUGGGCGGGGUGGACCGGCGGGCCCCACCUGACAAUUAUGCUGACUUGGCGAAUUAUGAUAUUUACAGCGUGGCGAGGAACGUGAACGCGAGUGUUAGUAACGGGGCGUAUAGGCUGAGGUUUAAUUCGACGGUGGAUGUGAUUUUGCAGAAUGCGAACACGAUGGUCGUGAACAACAGCGAGACGCACCCGUGGCAUCUGCACGGGCAUGAUUUCUGGGUGGUGGGUUACGGGUCGGGUAAGUUUGAUGCGGGGAGGGAUCCGGCGGGUUAUAAUCUGGUGGAUCCGAUAAUGAAGAAUACGGUGGCGGUGCACCCGUACGGAUGGACGGCGGUGAGGUUCAGGGCGGAUAAUCCGGGAGUAUGGGCGUUUCAUUGCCAUAUAGAGUCGCAUUUUUAUAUGGGCAUGGGUGUGGUGUUCGAGUCCGGGGUUGAGAGGGUGGGGAAGUUGCCGGAGUCGAUAAUGGGAUGUGGAGAAGCAAGGAUUGUUAAUCAUGGUAGGCCGUGA